CCCCCCCGGUUUUUAGGCUAUCCUGUCGUUAUGGAGAGAUCUGAUGGGAAAGGUCUCAAGGAUUUCUCCCACGCCCCCAGCAGCACGAUUUCUGAUAGCGAGCUAUUCGAUGCAUCGCAGUAUGCAUUUUUUGGGAAAGAUAUAGUGGAUGAAGUGGAGCUGGGUGGUUUGGAGGAAGAAGAGAGUGCCCUUGCAAUUGGCAGUGGGUUUGGCGGCGAGGAUGACUUGCACGAGUAUCAUUUGUUUGAUAAAGAUGAGGGAUUGGCUUUAGGAUCUUUGUCUGACAUAGAUGAUCUGGCUACUACAUUUGCUAAGCUGAACAAAGUUGUCAGUGGACCAAGACAUCCUGGAGUUAUUGGUGAUCGAGGAUCUGGUUCUUUUUCGAGGGAAAGUUCAUCUGCCACUGAAUGGCCACAAGAGAUGAAUUUUCCUGAUUGGCUUAAUCAGCAUAUAUCUGAUUCAGAAUAUUAUCAAGAAAGCAAGAGGUGGUCAUCCCACCCACAUCUCUCUUCAGUUCAUCUUUCAGAAUUAAGACAGUUACACAGAACAUCUUCGUACCCUGACCAGCAGCAACAACAGUUCCAGCACUAUGCUAGUGAGCCUAUUUUAUUGCCACAGUCAUCUUUCACUUCCUUUCCUCCACCGGGUUCUCAACAACCUUUGAAUAAUUUGCAUCAUCUUAAUUUGCAAUCUCUCUCUAGGGGAACUCAGUCAUCCUUCUCCGCUCCAAACAACUCUCUAUCUAAUUCAACUCUUCAUACUGGCUUGCCUCGUGGAUUGCAUUAUAAUGCAAAUACUUCAAACUUAACCUCACCUAACCUCUCUCUUAACAGAAGGCUACAGAACAACUGGACUAGCGAUGCUGGCCUCCUUCAUGGGGACCAUUCUAACCUCUUGAACAAUAUCUUGCAGCAUCAAUAUCAGAAUGCGUUGUUGUCGCCACUGCUAAUGACCCCACAGCGGCAGAGACUGCGUCCUUCACUUCAGCCGUCUUUAGCCCAUUUUCCAGCAGUACGAUCUCAACAAUUUAAUAGCUUCCCUUUACCAUCACAUUUGAGUAAAUACGGAUUAGCUGAUAAAAGAGAGUCAAAGUCAAAAUCAGCAACAAAAGGUGGAAAUAGUGUACGAUUCUCUCGCCAAGGUUCUGACGCUAGUAUCCAGAGGAGUAAUAGUAAUUUGCUUCAGUUUAGGUCCAAGUACAUGACAGCUGAAGAAAUAGAGAACAUUCUCAAAAUUCAGCAAGCUGUAGCCCAUGGCAAUGACCCAUAUAUAGAUGAUUAUUAUCACCAAGCUCGUCUUGCAAAGAAAUCAAUAGAAACGAGGUCAAAGUUUCGUUUCUGUCCAUCUCACCUGAGGGACCAAUCUUCCCGCUCGCGUCAUGGUGCUGAAUCCCAGCCACAUCUCCAUGUUGAUGCUCAUGGGAGGAUUUCAUUUUCUUCUAUCCGCAGGCUCCGUCCACUUCUUGAAGUUGACUCUCCUCCCUCUGCUUAUGGCAAUGGAAGUGCUGAACAAAAAAUAUAUGAAAAGCCUUUAGAGCAGGAACCGAUGCUUGCAGCUAGGGUUACAAUUGAGGAUGGCCUUUGUCUUCUUCUAGAUGUAGAUGAUAUUGACCGAACCCUACAAUUCACUCAAUCCCAAGAUGGUGGCAGUCAGCUUCGACAGAAGCGGCAUAUUUUGUUAGAAGGAUUAGCAGCCUCUCUUCAGCUUGUUGACCCACUUGGAAAAAAUGGCAACACUGUGGGGCUGGCUCCCAAGGAUGAUAUUGUCUUUCUACGAAUAGUCUCUAUUUUGAAAAGUUGGAAACUUAUCUCGAGGUUUCUUCAGCUUCUUUUACCUGGUAGCGAGCUUGCCCGAAUAGUUUGCAUGGCCAUCUUUCGUCAUUUAAGAUAUCUUUUUGGGGGCCUUCCCUCUGAUCCAGGAGCGACCGAGACAAUUAAUGGUCUAGCUAAAACCGUGUCUCUGUCUAUCAGCAGUAUGGAUCUCAACUCACUUAGUGCUUGUUUGGCUGCUGUAGUUUGUUCCUCAGAACAACCACCUCUUCGUCCUCUUGGGAGUUCUGCAGGAGAUGGUGCCUCAGUCAUCUUGAAAUCUGUUUUAGAAAGAGCAACUCACUUACUAACAGAUCCUCAGAUCAAUAGUACUUUUAGCAUGCCGAACCCUGCACUUUGGCAGGCUUCAUUUGAUGCUUUUUUUGGUCUCCUCGUGAAAUAUUGUGUGAGUAAAUGUGACAGUGUAGUGCAAUCGACGUUCUCUCAAACCCAGCCAAACACAGAGGUAACUGGUUCAGAGGCUGCAUUAGCUGUAAGCAGGGAAAUGCCUGUGGAACUUCUCCGUGCUAGUCUUCCACACGCUAACGAGCAUCAGAGGAAGUUAUUACUAAAUUUUGCUCAAUGAUCUAUGCCUGUUACUGGGUUCAAUGUUCAUGGUGGAAGCAGUGGACCAAUAAAUCCCGAAUUAGUGGGGGGUUAGCAAGGAAGAGCUCAUAAAAGCUUUGCAUUUGUACAGGCUUUGGUCUCUACUUUCGUUAUCAUUAGUAUAACCGAAGGUCCCUAUCUUCUUUCCCUCCCCCCUCCCUCUUAUGAGGAAGGGGUUACAUUCUGUUUAUUUCAGUAAAAUAUUAAAUAACUGUUUGUCGUGUCGGAAGUUCAUGAAAGGAUUAAUGACUUACACCUGCAUCUGGGAGAGCUUUAUUUUGACGCUCUCCUGUGAACAUCGGAGAAUAAACUUAACCGUAAAGGUGAAAUGUACAGGUUUCCAUCUUUUCUCAUUUGAGUUCAUCCUCUAAUCUUGUGUAGAGUAUUGAGAAAGAAAAAAAUCUUAUUCAUCGAAAGAAUAAUGGGGGUAUGUUGUAGAGUAGGCUAUUGUGCGAAUUACGAGGUUUGCUGUAGAGAAGGAUAGUUGUGCAAGUGUGCAGCCUGGUUUUUAAGGGGUGACUUGUAAUGUUGUAGAAAUAGUUCUCAUUUGCUGAAUAUUUAAAUGUCACAGUAGCCAAAUUUACAGGAUUUGAGGUAACACAAUGCCUUAUUUGCUGCGUGUGCGUGUAUAUGAACUUAAAGCUGGUAUGCUUUCUUGAUUAUUUGUUGCUUGCUUGAA